UACUUACCCUGGAGUAUAAAUGACCACGAUUGUUUUAUUCGCCUUUUUUCUGCCAGCGUAUGAUUUUGUUCGUGUAAUUGACUUGCAAUUAGCUUCAUUGCCUUGCUAGCAGGCAGCUUAGCUCGCGUAACUUUGACGGGGCGAGUUGGAUUUGUGAGCACGCAGUUUGACUGAGGAGGAAUCAUCAUGGGAGGGAUAAAACAGGAACAGAAUGAUGCUCCACAGCAGCCAAAAGCGUCCCAGUCAACAACAGAACACCCUCAAGAAGAGCCCAAGAAGAGAGGAUGGCCAAAGGGCAAGAAAAGAAAGAAGGUGCUUCCAAAUGGCCCAAAGGCACCGGUUACCGGUUAUGUCCGCUUCUUGAAUGAGCGACGGGAGGUCAUGAGGGCCCGAUAUCCUGACCUGCCUUUCCCGGAAAUCACCAAGCGACUUGGAGCAGAAUGGACUCGAUUAGCACCGACCGACAAACAGCAUUACCUGGAUGAGGCGGAGCGCGAAAAGAUGCAGUACGCUCAGGAACUGAAGGAAUAUCAUCAGACUGAGGCGUAUCAGAUCACCAGCGCCAAGAUACAAGACAAGAGAAUUAAGAAAGAGGACAAUCAGUCUGUAAUCAUCAGUGCAAGUUCAGGCUUGCCAAAGUCUCCCAGUUCCUGCCGCUGGAAAACAACCCCACAGCAUGAUGCCUGUAGGGAUGGUGUUGACCUGGUGAUGAGCGGUGCCUGGUUUCCUCCAAACAUGAUGUCUGGCAUUCAUGCCAAAAAGUUCAAUCUUUGUCUCAUCAGACCUGAGAAUUUAGUUUCUCAUGGUCUGAGAGUCUUUCAGGCGCCUGAGCUCCCAGGCAGGUUUGAGAUCCCAAUCUUCACAGAGGAGUUCCUGGAUCAGAACAAAGCUAGAGAGGCAGAGCUGCGUCGACUCCGUAAGGCAAAUAUUGAGUUCGAGGAGCAGAAUGCAGUGCUGCAGAGGCACAUCAAGGAUAUGUACAAUGCCAAAGAGCGCCUUGAGGCUGAACUGGGACAGGACGAGAAGCGCACGCAGGCUCUUCAUCAGCACCUGCUGGCCAUUAAACACACUCUGGUCAACAGUCUGUCUUCUGUCCCGCUACCUGGCACAAGUGAGACGGCAUCCCUUGGAAAUCUGGACUCGUAUCUCAGUCGUCUCAACGGAGUGCUAGAUGGGAACCCUCACAAGCACCGGGCCUUGCUCACGCAGCUCUGCGACAUUCUCUCUCACGUCGACAGUGAGAAGUUAUAGGAGGUCCAAUCCAGUCUUCCGCCCCGAGUCAUUCCUGCACGAAGCACACAGAUUUAUAAUCGGCAUCAUUUGAUCAUGUGGACAUCUCAUAGAAAAAAAGGACAGCCGUAUUCAUUUAAAAGUUUGCAUCACUUUUCUUCAGCAGUAUGUAAGUCAUUUAAAGUGUACAGACAACAUUUCCACUAUCAUCAUCUCUCUGCUUACUUUCUGAACCUGAAUAUUGCCGACAAUGGGACUAUAAUUAAGUUUACAAAUAAUGCCACUUGGCAUGGGUGGAUGGGAUGAUGUGUAUUCAGUGUUAUUUAGCUUUUGUGGAUGAAUACACAUUAAAUGCUGAGCAAUAUGCAUUUUACUUGACAUGGAUAAUGGAAUUUUUCUCUUUUAUCAUUUUAUAUUUGUGAGAUGGUAUUUGUACUUUUAUUUCCCAAAUGCUGAUUGAACCAUGCUGAGAAUAUUUCCACUAGAAGGUAAAACCGAGCUUGUCUUUUUGUUUUUGUAAAAUGAUUUGAAACCACUAUUUACUUUGUUAAAAACAACAAACUCUAAAUGUGCUACUGAGAUUCAGUUUAUGCUCCUUAUUGAAAUGACUGCCCUUCUGAAGAUAGUGAUUAUAAUGCUAAGAUUUGAUUGGUAUUGAUUUAACAAGUUCAUUGUUAGUCUGCAGUGGUGUUGAAGUCCACUGCAUCACACUAAGAGCUGUUUCUAAUACUGUACUUUGACCCCCUCAUUUACUUAAACGUGGUAUCUAAAAUAUUAAAAUCCCCUCUCUGCCUGUCAACUAACGUUAAUUCCUAUGGUGUCGCAAAAUGUACUUGUUAAAUUACCAGCAGAACACUUUUUUUUUAUCCUAGGGAUUCACAAUUGGUCCACAGGUCACACUUUGAGCGGCAAUGGUCUACAACUACAAUAGUAAACAUUAAUACAUGUAUUUAUUGAAUAUGAUUAUUACCUUGUCACAUUAGUGCUGAUUAUUACCUUGUCACAUUAGUGCUAAUGUUUUAAUGUCCAUUUGUUACAGCCAGUAGUUGUUAUAAGUCGUGAUGCUGGCCUCCAGCAGAUGGCACUGUUGUUGUGUUCAAAUUUAAAUCACAUUUAUAGGUCUUUAAAUGUCUUUAAACUAUAUUUUAAUGUAAUGUUAUUAGGUUUUGUUUUGUUUCAAACUAAAUGUUAUCUAAUGCAGUUAUUGCUAUUUUUCUUGUAAUUAUUGUUUUAAAAGUUUUUGUAUUCGCAAGCAGUAUGUUUCCCCAUUAUUCUGUAUUUAAUUUAAUAAUUUCCAGUAAAAAUCUUAAUGAUU